AGAUCCGUGUCUUGCUGACUGUUGGGCAGGAGCCAUAGAUCGCACCUCGUUUGUGUUGCUGCACAGUGCACAUUGGCCAGCACGCACGUUAGGAGCGAGGCUUCUCCCGGCCUCGUCUGCUGCCCAGUAGGGCUUGACGCCGUAAUUGUCGCUCACAGUGACGAUCUUUGCGAUUUCCCUUUCUCGCUGAGAUCGCCUUUUCAUGGCGGCUUGCGGCGUGGGGAGCGCUGCGUGUGGGAGAACGCAUCGAGCCCUCGGCAUGACCUUCGCGCUCGCAUUAGCGGCGCUUCUGCUGCUCGGCGCGCAGCCGCAACUCGCGGCGGGAUUCAAGGCGCACGAGUUUAAGACGUGCGACAAAGCGCACUUCUGCAAGCGGAAUCGCAAUCGCGAGCCAGGCACUUCUACUCUGGUCCUACGCUCUGGCGAAAUUAAUCCCAGCGGGAAAUUCGUCGGAAUUAUCCGCAACAAGGCACCUGGGAAAGGGAAAGUGGCGUUGUUUCUCGAGAUCACGGCGUAUUCGGAUUCAACGGUCCGGAUGAAAGUUAACGAGGACGCGUCCAGGAACCGAUUCGAGGUUCCCGAUGUGCUCGAACCAGGGCUGGAGUCUAAGGCCGUGCCGCUUUCCGUGAUUUCGGGGUCGGCGGUGGAGGGUGACGUGGCGCCUGUCCACCUGUCAUUCGGCGAGGGUCGCCGCGCGGUUCUGGCGAAAGAUCCGUUCGCCGUACACGUGUACCGCGGCGACGAUCUGCUCAUGUCGUUCAACGGCAAGGGGCUCUUCGAGUUCGAGCACCGGCGCAACAAGACGGAACCCCCCGCCGCUGCGGGGGAAGCCGCGCAGGCGGAAGGCGCAAAGGCGGAAGGCGCGGGGGCGGCGGCGGAAGGCGGGGAGAAUAUCCUCGAGCAGGCGGUGGAGGGGGAGGGGGAGGCGAAGAGCGACGGCGGAGCGGAGGGGGAGGGGGAGGCGGAGGAGGCGGAGGCGGAGGAGGGGGAGAUUAUCGGGCAUGACGCGGAGGACGAGUCGUGGGAGGAGACGUUCAAGGGGCACUUCGACUCCAAGCCGCGCGGCCCCGAGGCCAUCAGCUUCGACGUCACCUUCCACGGCGCGCAGAACGUCUACGGCAUCCCGGAACGCGCCACGAGCUUAUCCCUGCGCCCCACUAAAGGCCCUGGCGUGCACAGCGAGCCAUACAGACUCUACAACCUGGACGUCUUCGAGUACCUGCAUGAGUCGCCCUUCGGGCUCUACGGGUCCAUCCCCAUGAUGCUCGCUCACAGCGCCGCGCGCACCACCGGCGUCUUCUGGCUCAACGCCGCCGAGAUGUGGAUCGACGUGCUGGCCAAGCCCGAGAAUGCGACCACGCCAGAGGUGACCACCUACUGGAUAGCGAGAGCGGCAUUCUCGACCUCUUCUUCUUCCUGGGCCCCUCACCGGCCGGCGUGGUGCGGCAGUACACGGCGGUGACUGGCACGACAGCCAUGCCACAGCUGUUCGCGGUGGCGUACAGCAGUGCCGGUGGAACUACAAGGACGAGGCGGACGCGCUGGCUGUGGACGCGGGGUUCGACGAGCAUGACAUCCCGUAUGACGUGCUGUGGCUGGACAUCGAACACACGGAUGGGAAGCGGUACAUGACUUGGGACUCACCACUUUCCCCAUCCAGCCGACAUGCAGAACAAGUUCGCGGC